GGAAAGUGAAAGUUUGCCUGGGUCCUCUCGGCGCCGCCGCUGAGCUCUCGACACCCCAGGACUGCGGCGCGGCCUUCGGCCGGGGCGCGGACUCUGCAUCUGCGAGCGAGCGACCGACUGAGGGCGGCCGACGCGCCCGGCCGGGACCCAGCUGCCCGUAUGACCGCGCGGGGCGCCGCCGGGCGCUGCCCUCCCACGACAUGGCUGGGCCCCUGGCUGCUGCUGGUCUGUCUCCUAGUGAGCAGGAGUAUUGCCAAGGAGGUUUCGGAGAGCUGUAAACACAUGAUUGGGAACGGACACCUACAGUUGCUGCAGCAGCUGAUUGACAGUCAAAUGGAGACCUCAUGCAACAUUUCCUUUGAGUUUGUAGACCAGGAACAGUUGAAAGAUCCCGUGUGCUACCUAAAGAAGGCAUUUCUCCUGGUACAAGACAUAAUGGAAGACACUAUGCGCUUCAAAGACCACACCCCCAAUGCCGAUGCCAUGGUAACGCUCCAGGAACUUCCUUUGUCGCUCAAGAGUUGCUUCACCAAGGAUUAUGAGGAGAAUGAUAAGGCUUGUGUCCGAACUUUCUAUGAGACUCCCCUCCAGUUGCUGGAGAAGAUCAAAAACAUCUUUAAUGAAACAAAAAUUCUCCUUGAAAAGGACUGGAAUAUUUUCAGCAAGAACUGCAACAAUAGCUUUGCUGAGUGCUCCAGACGAGAUGUGGUGACCAAGCCUGAUUGCAACUGCCUGUACCCUAAAGCCACCCCUAGCAGUGACCUGACCUCUGUCUCCCCUCAGCAGCCCCUCACCCCCUCCAUUGCCCCAAUGGCUGGCUUGACCUGGGAUGAUUCUGAGGGGACAGAGGGCAGCUCCCUCUUGCCCAGUGAGCAGCCCCUUCGCACAGUGGACCCGGGCAGUGCCAAGCAGCGACCACCUAGGAGCACCUGCGAGAGCCUCAAGUCACCAGAGACCCCAGGCCUUGAGGACAGGCCCACUGGGGGUUUACCACAGCCUCGCCCCUCUGCUGGAGCCCCCAUCCCUGGGGUGGAGGACAUUCUUGAUUCUGCACUGGCCACUAACUGGGUCCUAGAAGAGGCCUCUGGAGAGGCUAGUGAGGGCCCUGGACCCCAAGGGGCAGAGCUUUCCCCCUCCAGGCCAGGAGGGGGCAGUGUCCAGGCAGAGAUGGCCCGACCCAGAGACCUCCUCUCAGCAUCUUCUUCACUCCCUAUGUCAACAGAGGACCAACAACCAAUGGAUGUAACUGGCACCCCCUUGCCUAAGGUGGACCCCAUGAGACCCACUGGCCAAGCCCAGAGUCAUGCCCCUGAGAAGACAGACCGCUCAUCCAUGCUGCCCAGAGACCACCAGGAACCAAGCUCUCCCUGGAUCUCCUCACAGCACCCCCAAGGCUUCAGCAACCCCUCCACCCUCUCUGCUCAGACACGGCUUCCCAGAAGCCACUCCUGGGACAUUGCACCGCCCCUUGGGGAGCUGGAAGGCAAGAGGAGCACCAGGGAUCGGAGGAGCCCCGCAGAACUGGAAGGAGGACAAGCAAGUGAGGGGGCAGCUGGGCCCCUGGCCCAUUUUAACUCCAUUCCUUUGACUGACACAGGCUAUAAGGAAUCCUCCGACCCCCAGUCCCCUGAGUUUGUCUUCCACCUGUUGGUGCCCAGCAUCAUCCUGGUCUUGCUGGCUGUUGGUGGCCUCCUGUUCUACAGGUGGAGGCGGAGGAGCCAUCGAGAGCUUCAGAUAUUGGAUUCUCCCAUGAGGCAGCCAGAGGGCAGCCCCCUGGCCCAGGAUGAGGACACACAGAUGGAAUUGCCAGUAUAGAGGGAAUUCUAAGCGGGGCGCACAUGACUAUCUCUCCAUGGGAGGAGACAUCGUGGAGCGUCCACCACCACCCUCCCUAGCCAUCCCCCUGGGAAUGUGGCCUGCCUAUCACCAGAGCUCCUGCCUGCCAGGACUGGACCAGAGCAGCCCAGCUGGGGUUCCUCUGCCUUGACCCUCAAGACCCUCAACUGACUGAGAGAGGGGCUGGAGGACGCCCCACACUGCCGCUAUUUAUUGUGGGCCCUGGAGGCUCCAUGCGCUUGAGGAAGGCUGGCGAGCCCGUCUCAGGACCCUUUCCCUCAGGGGCUACACCCUCCUCUUACUCUUCUCCAAGCCAGCACCUGGGCCAGGGACCCAGCCACCUGUGGCAUAUGGGAGACCAGUGUGGCCACUGAGGAGUGGAAGAGCCCUGCACCCAAAGGACCCAUCUAGUGCCAAGGGAUCCUAACAUCUACAGGUGUGGACCUGUCUCCAGAGAGAGAGGAGCCUGUGAUUUGCAGGGCGGGACAGCGUGGCCUCAUUUCCCGGAAAGGUGUGCAGCCUAGAAGCCGGGAAGAGGAGGCUUCUGGCUGUUUGCACUGACAGCUGGGGGGGUCUACACCCUCUACUUGCCUGAGUGCCCUCUGCCUGUUGCCAGGUGGCGAGGGGAGGCCAGCCCUGCCCUCAGGACCUGCCUGACCUGGCUCAUGAUGCCAAGAGGGGGACUGGGCUCUGGCCUCUGCUCCUCCUUCCCUCUAGCUCCUGCCAGAACGUCUCUGGGAAGCCAUACAGAGGCUCCCGUCAUGAAGGAAGCCAUUGCACUGUGAAUACAGAACCUGCCUGCUGAACAGCCUACCCCGUCCAUCCCCACAAGUGAGCAUCCAUCCAUCUGGACCUCUUCCCCUCCAUCCUCUCCCCAGCUUCCUGCACUGAGCUGGUCUCACCUGUCGACUGAGGGAGUCCCUAAGCCCUGACCCUCUCCUGACCCAGCCUUCAACUUCCCGGGGUGGAGCGGGGUGGGAGAACUGCCUGGGCCACCAGCCAAAGCUGGUCUUUGGGCUGUGUUGUUGGCCCAGGUUUCUGCAUCUUGCACUUUGACAUUCCCAAGGGGGAAGUGACUAGUGGGAGGGAGAAAGGGAGGGGAGGCAGAGGCAGAGAGGCUCCGGGGAGAGCUCUGACUGAAAAUGGGUCUUUAAACAUGGGUAUACCCCUGAGGUUGGGGAGCUCUCUGUACCCCAACCCCUCAGCCCAGUCUUCUUCCCCUGCUGUCAGCAGGUAUGGGGUGCUAGGCUGUACUCCAGACCCACAUGCAUAGCUCCCAGCUCCCAUCCCCCUCUGGCCCUUCUUUCUCCUGACCCCAGCGAUACUCUCCAGCUCUCACCCCACCAUCUUUAGCCAGGCAAGCCAGGGCUGGAGAGAGACCAGGAGGCCCAAGUAUCUACUUCCGACUCCACCCUGAGGACCUCCGCUUCCUGGGCUAACCUCUGGCCAUGGCUCUGAGACCUGGGCAGUGGGUGACAGGGCUGUCUAUUGCCCCUUGAUGCUGCUGUGUCCCUCCUUUCCUAACUCUCUGGGCCCUCCACUGGUCUGGCUGCUAGGCCCAUGACCUUCCCUUCCUGCCAGAGAGAAUGAGGGUCUGCAGCCCCUGCUACCCAUCUCCUGAUGCUGACAGCCGAAGGAAGGGCAGCAGAGAACUUUCUCAUGGGGCUCAUCCUUUUAGUCACAGACUCCAUAUUCCAUGCUAGAAAAUACAUAUUUAAAAAUGGAAGGAAAAAACAAAAAACAAAAAAAGGCAUUCCUCCCUUCCCCCUCCACCUUAGACAUAUAGUUUUUUCAAGGUCAAAAAAAAAAAAAAAAACCCAACCCAUUGCAGAAGCUCUUUGUGGGCACUUGGUUACACCGGAGCAGGAGGAACCCCAGAGCCACCUCUGGGUGUCCCCUCCCCCGGCUACCUGCACAGGAACCCCUACUUUCCUCUGAGAAAGCCCAGAGGGGACAUUGGCUCACGAACUGUGAGAUUGCGUUUUUAUACUUGGAAGUGGUGAAUUAUUUUAUAUAAGGUCAUUUAAAUAUCUAUUUAAAAAAUAGGAAGCUGCUUAUAUAUUUAAUAAUAAAAGAAGUGCACAAGCUGCCAUGUGUGAG